AUGAUAUCCCGAUGGCUUCAGCUUCUGGGCUGCCUAAUGGUGGCGCUCUUGACACCACUGAGUGCCGCGAAGAAGGCUAAGCCCAGCAUAAGCUCGUACAAACUCGACGAAAAGCCGCUAUCUAUAUUCUACUUUGAGAGAUCCGAUACCGUCUUGAUGACCUUGGAGGAUAGGUCACUUUUACGCUCAUUCGAUGCCGGCGAAAAUUGGGAGGCAAUUGAGGAUGAUGGCAUGAAGCACGCAGUCGUAUCCAUCUUCCAGCAUUCUUACGACGAGAACAAGGCAUAUGCGCUAAGUGAAGACGGAAAACAUUGGAUCACGACAGAUCAAGGAAAGACUUGGAAGUCCUUUAAGAUCUCUGAUGUUCCAUUCUACAAGAGCCCACAAACUGGGCCUUUGUCUUUCCACGGGCGGGACUCCGGCAAAGUCAUCUUCGAGACGAGGCCCUGCCUGUCAUGCGCGCUAAGGUCAUACUACACUACGGACGAUUUCGAGACGAUAAAUGUUUUGACUGAAAGCGCCGUGGGAUGCUAUUGGGCGAUUGGUGAUCCUCAAUUUGGCGAAAAUGCGAAAAACAUGGACGAGCGCACACUCUGUGUGGUCCCAGGUCUAAAGACAGGAUCCAGAUUCGCUUUCCGCCUGGUCUACUCCAACGACUUCUUCGCAAGCCAGGGGAUUGAGGCCAAGCUUCAGGAUGGCCGACCAGUAUCCGGCGUCACCAGCAUUGCACAAGUCAAGCGAUUCAUCGUUGCGGCUGUUGAGUCUGAGGGUACGACUGAGCGCGCUCUGUAUGUGACAGUCGAUACUGAAAAUUGGCACCGGGCGGAAUUCGGGGACCAUCGCAUAGAAGAGGACGCUUAUACUGUGUUGGAGAGUACAAACUAUAGUAUUCAGGUCGAUGUCCUGACGGAUCCGCACCGCGGUGUCGGAGUUCUCUUCACUUCCAACUCCGAUGGUACAUAUUUCGAACGCAACAUUGAACAUACAAAUCGUGGCUCAAGGGGCUAUGUCGAUUUUGAGAAGUUAGCCGCUAUCCAAGGUAUCUAUUUGGUGAACACGGUUAACAAUACGAAGGAGUCGGCAACUGGGUCCGGCAAACAGAUUACCAGCAAGAUAACUUUCGAUGAUGGCAAGACAUUUCAGCCUCUCGAGAUUGGUGGUGAAAACCUCCACUUGCACUCUGUGAAUUCUGUCACGAAUAUUGGACGCGUCUUCUCAAGUCCUGCCCCCGGCUUGGUAAUGGGAGUUGGUAAUACUGGCGACCAUCUUGGUGACUAUUCGGAUGGGAACCUCUAUAUAUCGGAUGACGCAGGUCGCACUUGGCGCCUCGCUCUCAAAGGGCCACAUAAGUACGAGUUUGGUGACCAGGGAGGGGUUGUGACUGCAAUCAGUGAUGAGGGCAAAGUGAAAAAGCUUCAAUAUUCUCUAGACCACGGGAAAGAAUGGAAGUCAAUUGAUCUUCCCCACGAGGUUGACUCAAGGACCACGACAAUCACGACGACUCCCGACUCGUCAAGUCUACGAUUCAUUCUUAUAGGCUACUCUUCCAAAGACGAGUUCGUUGUGUUCGGCAUCGACUUCAACGACAUGCAUGAACGCAAAUGCGAAGAAGAUGAUUUUGAUACCGAUUGGCCUGCCCGGUUAGAUGAGAACGGAGAUCCUGAUUGCUUAAUGGGGCGGAAGCAAUUCUUUCGCCGCAGAAAGGCCAACGCAGACUGCUUCGUGGCUGAGCCAUUUCACACUUCAUUGUCGAAGUUCGUCCCAUGCAAAUGCACUGCUGAAGAUUUCGAGUGCAAGUAUAAGCGAACCAAGGAUGGCAAAAGCUGUGUUCCAUCGACGUCCAUUACUCCACCAGAGGGGGAAUGCAAGAAUCCGACUGACACGUUCAAGGGUCCAUCUGGGUGGAGGUUGAUUCCAGGCGACACUUGCAUUCGCGAAGGUGGAAAAGAACUGGAUAAGGACACUGAAAUACCAUGUGAGGAUGCCGGUGGGAAGCCGAACAGUGGGGAAAUCACUUCUACUCCCACGUCGUUUGACUCGAAGGUGUCCAAUUACUAUUAUCUGGAACGCCAAAUCUCCAGUACCGGAGCAGACGAGACUGUCCUGAUGCUUAGCCACCAUGGAGAGGUAUUCGUAUCUCACGACCAUGGACGGACCUGGAAACAGGUGCUUGAAGACCAGUCGGACAUUAUUGCGAUAGUCCGUCAUCAGUAUAAUAGUGACACCGCUUACGUUUUGACCAGCGGUCUUGAGGGAUUCUACACUAUCAACCGCGGAGAAACAUUCCAGUCAUUCAAGACAAAGACCCCUCCUAACCGUGAAAAUAGCCCGACUCUGAGAUUUCAUCCGUCCAAAAAGGAUUGGCUGCUUUGGGUUGGUGAAGCCGAUUGCAAGUCCGGAAACUGCCAUUCGAACGCCUAUUUCAGCAACGACCGAGGAGACAACUGGAAACUCAUGCUGCGAUACGCUAAGAAAUGCGAAUUCGAGUACAAAGAGAACCAUCCAGGCAGCGAGCGUCUCAUUUUCUGCGAACAAUAUGAGAAUGAGAACCCAAGCAACCGCCUGCAGCUCAUGUCCACUGUUGACGAAAGCUUUGAUGUCUGGAAUACGACCUAUGAUGAUCUUGUGGCCUACGCUACAAGGUCAGAGUACAUCAUCGUCGCCUCGCGGAACAAUGAAACUGGAGCCCUAAAGGCUAGCGUUAGUGUCGAUGGAUUUACGUUUGCCGAUCUGAACUUCCCCGCCAACAUCUCGCCAGAGCAAAAUCUUUAUACCGUCCUUGACGCUUCUGAACACGCCAUUUUUCUAUACGUCCAAACCAGCAACAAUACUAAUGCCGAGUACGGUUCAAUAGUGAAAAGCAAUAGCAACGGCACGACCUAUGUACUCAGCCUCGAUUCGGUGGACCAGGAUAAAAAUGGGAAUGUCGAUUUUGAAAGAACACAAGCUUUGGAAGGAGUAAUACUGGCAAACGUUGUUAGUAACGUGGACGAAUUGUCAAGCGGAGCCCCCAAGAAGCUUCGGACGGUCAUCACUCACAACGAUGGUGGGAAAUGGACACUCCUGGCUCCUCCAGCAAAGGACGACGCCAAUGGUGAGAAAUUCUCUUGCUCAGUCAAGCCCGGUGAGGGGACUCCCGAAUGCGCUCUCCACCUUCAUGGAUACACGGAACGCGCUGAUUUUCGGGAUACAUUCUCUUCGGGAUCCGCGAUUGGUCUAAUGAUAGCUCAGGGCAACGUUGGUGGCCAUCUGACCAAGAAAGACGAAGCCGAUACCUUCAUGACUUCGGAUGGCGGGAUUUCCUGGAAAUUCGUCAAAAAGGGUAGAUACAUGUGGGAGUUCGGCGACUCUGGUUCAGUGCUUGUGAUCGUCUCAGAGGUUGAGUCAACCAAGGUUCUUCAUUAUUCCACUGACGAGGGCAAAUCCUGGAAGGAUUACGAGUUUUCAGAAGAAGAGAUGAAAGUAUCUGAUAUCUCGACUGUGCCCUCUGAUACUUCAAGGAGCUUCCUUCUUUGGGGCACUGACUCCAAAAAUAGGCCCAUCUCAGUCAAUGUUGAUUUCAGCGGACUCUAUGGUAGAGACUGCGUGUUUGACAAGGACGGGCAAAUCAGCGAGGACUAUUACCUUUGGAAGCCAUCACAUCCAUUCCAGGAAGAGAACUGCUUAUUUGGACACGUUGAGCAAUACCGUCGCAGAAAGUUGUCGGCUGAUUGUUGGAACAACUGGCGCGGUCCUCAUUUGCACAGCAUUGAAAGUAAUUGCAGCUGCACAAGGGCUGACUAUGAAUGGUAA